AGAUAGAAACGCACUUUUUGGAUUCUCUCUCCCUCAAAAUAAUACAGUAGUCUCUAUCUAUCUUCUUCCUCAACCCGAAACCCUAAUUUCUCUGCAGAUUUUGCUCCGAUUUCCAGAAAGAUCUCUCCAGCUACAAGAUUUCGUUUGAGCAAUGUCUUCUGUUUCGAGCCAGCCACAGUUUCGUUACACGCAACCUCCUUCUAAGGUUCUUCAUUUGAGAAACUUGCCUUGGGAAUGUACUGAAGAGGAGUUAAUUGAACUGGGGAAGCCUUUUGGUACAGUUGUUAAUACCAAGUGUAAUGUUGGAGCUAAUCGGAAUCAAGCUUUUAUUGAGUUUGAAGAUUUGAAUCAAGCUAUACAAAUGAUUUCUUACUAUGCUUCUUCUUCCGAGCCUGCUCAAGUUCGAGGUAAAACUGUCUACCUCCAGUACUCCAACAGGCAAGAGAUAGUGAAUAACAAAACGACAGCAGAUGUUGUGGGGAAUGUUCUUCUAGUGACAAUUGAAGGAGACGAUGCUCGUAUGGUCAGCAUUGAUGUCUUGCAUGUGGUAUUCUCAGCAUUUGGGUUCGUUCACAAGAUUACUACUUUCGAGAAGACAGCUGGAUACCAGGCACUGGUUCAAUUUUCUGAUGCGGAAACUGCAACCUCUUCAAAAAAUGCCCUCGAUGGAAGAAGCAUCCCUAGGUAUCUACUCCCUGAGCAAGUGGGACAAUGCUCUCUCAAAAUCACAUAUUCAGCUCAUACAGAUCUGACUGUCAAAUUUCAGAGUCAUCGGAGUAGGGACUAUACUAAUAUGUACCUUCCCGUUGCUCCAUCAGCCAUUGAUAGUACUGGUCAGGUGAUUGUGGGUGUAGACGGGAAGAAGAUGGAGCCAGAAAGUAAUGUUCUUCUCGCAUCCAUUGAAAACAUGCAGUAUGCAGUAACCUUGGACGUUUUACACAUGGUUUUUGCGGCUUUUGGGGAAGUUCAAAAGAUUGCAAUGUUUGACAAGAAUGGUGGCCUACAGGCAUUGAUUCAAUACCAAGAUGUUCAAACGGCUAUGGUGGCUAAGGAAGCAUUGGAAGGACAUUGUAUUUACGACGGUGGAUUUUGUAAGCUCCACAUUACUUAUUCACGCCACACGGACCUCAGCAUAAAGGUGAACAACGAUAGAAGCAGAGACUACACAAUGCCCAACCCGCCAGUUCCAAUGCCUCAACAACCCAGUCAGAAUCCAUACGCCGGCAAUCCACAGCAAUACCACGCAGCAGGUGGGAGCCACCACCAACAGCAGCAGCAGCAGCAGCCGCCGCCACAAGGCGGAUGGGGGCAAGGUUCAAUGGGAAUGGGUGGUGGUCACAAUCCUUACAUGGCACCACCGUCUUCUGGCCCAAUGCAUCAAGGUCCUCCAGGUGGUCAUAUGCCUCCACAGCAUUACGGUGGUCCGGGUCCAAUGCAUUAAAUAGAGAGAGAAAUAGAGUCCCUCAAAAGUCGAAGACAAAGAUGUUCAAUUUCUUUCUCUCUUAAUUUCUCUUCGUAGCUCUUUUUUUAUUUUUCUUUUGGGUUUGUUUGGAACACUUGUACUUGUGUCCAAAAAGAUAAUCUUAUAAAACGGAAACCAUUUGAGAAAUGUAUUAGAAGAAACUUUAACCUC